AUGCCAAAAUUAACACAAAUCGAGAACCAGAAAAUCGAGCGUAGAUGGCAAUAUAUUGGUCCCGCGACAGGUCUAUCUUGUUCGAGGUUCAGUAUGAAAGCCACAGGCUUGUCCCAAUGGUUGCCCUGCUCGCCAAGAACAGAGACAAGACAAUCGAGACGACUCUUGCUUGACGCCCUUGGCCUUCUCUUCCGACUUUCAAACAUUUUCAUCGUCGAUCUCGUCAUCCAAAUCGUCGUCUGGUUAUCAAAGAGUAUCGAUGGAAUCUAUGCGUCCGUCAUUCAUCAGUGUAAUAUGGUCGCAUCGACCGAGGACGUGCAGUGCUUGAGUUGCGAGGAUGCGGCAUUUAUCGCCGUGCAAGCCACACAUAGCAUUAUCCAUGAUAAUGGUAGCCAUCAAAGGCAUCGACGGCAGAUAAGAGAUAGUCCAUUCAGAUGA